AUGGCAAGAACCGUAGCGGCUCAGGAUCGGAAGAGGAAGGACAAACAAGACGGCGCGCGGGUACGGGAGAUGAAUACCACGGACGUUCUGAGAAAAGAAACGCAGGCAGGCAAAGUGAGGGUGGCCAACCGAGAGGGCGAGGUCCUUCUUGGCGGCAUCGGGUACAAGCGAGUGACCUGCGGCUCUCGGCCAGAAGACGGCCAAGAAGAUCAAGUCGAGAGUCCAUGGCGUCCAGGCAUGGCGUCCAGACGGCUUAUAUCACGGGUUCCGAGGGCGAGAUCUGAAGAGCACCAGAAUGUAGCAAACGCAAAUGUAGCCAAAGACAAUCGUUUGACUCGGAUGGCAAUAAGACGAUCAGGAACAGCAAGGAAGUGGGAACAACAGCCCGACGAGAUGGAGGGUGCAGCCUCUGAGGGAGGGGUGGAGGGGUCCGUGGGGCUUGCGUUGGUUGUGAGAAAUGCCCGAGACGGGCGCGCGCGAACGAUUUGCAUUGGCCAUGCGCCAUGUGCAGUACGCAGUCCGCAGUCCGCAGUUUACAGCACAUCGCAGCGCAGAGUGAGUUGGCAUGGGCAGGCAGCGCAUGGCAUUGCAUCUUGGGUAUCCGGAUCCCCAUUCGCAGUCAGAUUCUGUCUGACCCAUGACGAGUCAGCCACAGCCCGUUGGAUAGACGGUAGCGGCGGCGGUUCGGCCGACGUCGUUCAUCAGCUGAGCUCCAAGCCUCCAAGAACGAAUAGGGUACACCAUCGAGGAAAAAAGGAGAUUAUUGCAAAGUGA